CAGCAUUAGUUUAUCUCUUUGAAAUUCCAGACAGGAGAACUCCUUGCCUCGCCUCCUCAGACAGCUCUCAGGCGUCAUCCCUACAACCCACUCCAUCCCAGCGAUCUCGCUCAUCACAGACGACACCUCCUCUACCAUCACCUUCACCGCUUCCACCACCAACCCUACCUACCCUCUCCGCCCUCAAGUCCUCCCAAUCCACCACCACCCAUCUACCAGAAAGAAAAAAUGCACAUCUACAUCGCCGGCGCCACCGGCCGCAACGGCAGCCUCGCCCUCCGCGAAGCCCUCGACAGGGGCCACACCGUCACCGUCCUGGUCCGCGACCCAUCGUCGUCAUCGUCGCUGCCGUCGCCGCCGUCAGCGGACCCGAGCCGCCUCACCGUCGUCCUCGGCACCCCCACCUCGCAGGCCGACGUCGAGCGCGCCCUCGCCACCCCCCGGCUCGCCGACGCCGUCAUCACCGCCCUCAACCCGCGCCGCACCUCCGACAGCCCCUUCUCGCCGCUGCGUCCCGGCGGCGAGUCGCCCCCGGACCUCCUUCCCGCCACCAUGCGCGUCCUCAUCGCCGCCGUCACGCGCGUCUUUCCCUCCAGUAGUGCUGGUGCUGCUGGUGCUGCUGGUGCUGCCGCCGCCGCGAGCCCUGUUGCGCCGCCUCCGAAGCUCGUCGUCAACUCCUCCUUUGGCGUUGGGUCCUCCUGGAAGGCCAUGCUUUGGCCCAUGAAGCUGAUAUUUAGCCACGGCGCCAUGGGCAUGACUUUGCAGAGUCACAACGACAUGGACGCUCUGGUGCGCAAUAGCGGCCUGCCUUUUGUCUUGGCUCGCCCGGCGAGGCUGGUCGAAGGCGCGCCGUCGAGCGUCAGAGCUCUGCCUGACGACGGCACUGGUUGUGGCUGGAACCCCAUCAUCACGCGUCACAGUGCGUCAAGGUGGCUCGUUCAAGCUGCAGAGUCUGAUGAAUGGGAUGGCACGUCGCCCGUCAUCGUCAAUUAGUGCUUCAUAUCCAUCACCUGCUUCGCUCCUUGGUUCUAUCCGAAAAAUUCACUCAGGCAACUUUACCUAGAGUGCUUGCAUGCCC